AUGGAAGAAUACUUCCCUGAUCUGAAAAAGGUCUGGCUGCUGAGGCAGUGUCUGUGUCUUCCUUUGAAGAAGAUCGACAUUCACAGGCUGCUGAGGCAGUGUCUGUGUCUUCCUUUGAAGAAGAUCGACAUUCACAGGCUGCUGAGGCAGUGUCUGGGUCUUCCUUUGAAGAAGAUCGACAUUCACAGGCUGCUGAGGCAGUGUCUGUGUCUUCCUUUGAAGAAGAUCGACAUUCACAGGCUGCUGAGGCAGUGUCUGGGUCUUCCUUUGAAGAAGAUCGACAUUCACAGGCUGCUGAGGCAGUGUCUGUGUCUUUCUUUGAAGAAGAUCGACAUUCACAGGCUGCUGAGGCAGUGUCUGGGUCUUCCUUUGAAGAAGAUCGACAUUCACAGGCUGCUGAGGCAGUGUCUGUGUCUUCCUUUGAAGAAGAUCGACAUUCACAGACUUUUUUGGGGAAAAAAAGCCACCAGGAAGAAGCAUCUUCAGAGGAUCACCCAGAAACUGUGUGACCUGCAGACCCUGAAGCCCCACAAAUGGCUUGUUGGAGAGGUUAUUGCAGUGUUUUUCAACCUUUUUUGA